UGUCCACACACACCUCUCAAAGGCAAUAUUGACAGAAGAAGGGUGUGCUGCUCUCGUUCAGUGGAAUUAAAGUUUGAAACCGGCUUUGGAGGAUAAGAGAAUACCUGCCGAACUUAUUGAUUUAUUGCUCUCUACAGAGACGCUGCACAGAGUGGUAGAUCUAUUCAUCAAUGAUACGGCUUAAAAUAAAAACAGAUUAUCACAAUGACUUCAAUUGGACAAAUAAUCUUUGGGAGUAUGAUUUUUCUUAUAGUAGUAAUCUCUGGACUCAUUAUUUUCAUUCUGGCUAUUGCUUUUUCAGUGUCCCAAGGUACUGUUGAGAGCAGUAGUCCCUCUAAUGUGGGUAAUCUUGGACAGGAUGUGGUCUUGAACUGCAGGUUCCUCACCAAUAGUGGAAAUGGGCAAUUAGAUGAUGUGUCAAUCACUUGGCUAAAAGAUGGUCUCCGUGGCGUGGUCUAUGAAUACAAGAAAAAAGUAGCCCAACUUCAGGGGCAGAACACGCAGUUCAAAAACAGGGCUCAACUGUUUCUUGACGUUAUCCCUACGGGCAACGCUUCCCUACUCCUGAGAAGUGUGAGGCUGGAGGAUGAAGGUGUGUAUCGCUGUAGUGUCAAUGCACCAAAAAUCUCUGGGACUACCACCAUUAACCUCAAAGUGGCUGCUUUUUCUGCUCCCACAUUUACUCAACAGAAAGAAGGGUCUCUGACUGCUGAGGCUCAAAGAUGGUUUCCACGACCAAAUGUUAGCUGGUUGGGUCAGAGCGGGGUGCUGUUGAACAGUAGCACCCAAUUUAGCAACAACUCUGCUGGAAUCACAAAAGUUGUUAGUGUCUAUGAAGGCCCAGUAAAAGCUGAUACCACCUACACAUGUGUUAUCCAGAACAAUCUAGUGAAGGCUGUCUCAGAGGCAACUAUAACAGGAAAUGGAGUGACAGGGAAGACAUACUACAUUUUUAAUGCUGCAUCUACAAACAUGUUGUCUUUAAAACUACUGUUGGCAGUCAUCUUCACUCUCUCUGCGUUCCAGUAGAAACAAUGAACUUUCUUCAAUGGUUGUUGGUUAAUAGAGAAGUCAACCACCUUAAAGUUAAAUAAAUAUACAUUGAACAUGGAACCUACUUAGACACUAAUUCAAUAAAGGUGUUUUUUAUGAUUAAAUAAUGAAUUGUAUGCCCCUGAUGUUUGUUUGCACUCGUGUCUUGAUUUAUCUAGCCAGCAGAUGGGGACACCCAUACUUUGAUCAUGUUGUACAGGCAUAGAUUUGUCUUUACACUACUUGCUCAGAUUUCAGACAACGCCUCAUAGUGUGUACAUGUCUCUUGAUUAGUUAGUGAGACUAGAUCUCAAAUAACAUGAGUGAAAAAAUUAACUACUCACAAACUUUGGUCUUUUGCACUUUAAUUUAAAUGGCAAUAAUUUUGUGCUUGCACUGUGAUAAUAAAGAGU